GCGGGACGACCUCCGGGGCAGCGAGGCAUCGGACAUGUGUCAGCGCAUCCGGGGCGCACAUCCGUCGAGCCCGAGGGGAGAUUUGCCGGAACCAUUCAAACUGCGAUAUUGAUCUCGGAGGUGACUGUCCCUGGCCGGCGGUCGGGUGGGAGUCGCGAGUGGUGCGCGCUCGCUCGCAAGUGUGUGCGUGUGUAUGUGUGUGCGCCGCGUCGGGCCCUCCCUCCCCCCGGCCCCCCCUGUUUUCCCGUCGAGUGAUGCACUUGGAAUGAGAAUCGGAGGAUGGAAAUAGUCUGGGAGGUGCUUUUUCUUCUUCAAGCCAAUUUCAUCGUCUGCAUAUCAGCUCAACAAAAUUCACCAAAAAUCCAUGAAGGCUGGUGGGCAUACAAAGAGGUGGUCCAGGGAAGCUUUGUUCCAGUUCCUUCUUUCUGGGGAUUGGUGAACUCAGCUUGGAAUCUCUGCUCUGUGGGGAAGCGGCAGUCGCCAGUCAACAUCGAAACCAGCCACAUGAUUUUCGAUCCGUUUCUGACGCCCCUUCGCAUCAACACUGGGGGCAGGAAGGUCAGCGGGACCAUGUACAACACUGGAAGGCACGUGUCUCUGCGUCUGGACAAGGAACACUUGGUCAACAUUUCAGGAGGGCCCAUGACAUACAGCCAUCGGCUGGAGGAGAUCCGGCUUCACUUUGGGAGUGAGGACAGCCAAGGUUCGGAGCAUCUCCUCAACGGACAGGCCUUCUCUGGGGAGGUGCAGCUCAUCCACUAUAACCAUGAGUUAUAUACAAACGUUACAGAAGCUGCAAAGAGCCCAAAUGGAUUGGUGGUAGUUUCUAUAUUUAUAAAAGUUUCUGAUUCAUCAAACCCAUUUCUUAAUCGAAUGCUCAACAGAGAUACUAUCACAAGAAUAACAUAUAAAAAUGAUGCCUAUUUACUACAGGGACUUAAUAUAGAGGAACUAUACCCAGAGACUUCUAGUUUCAUUACUUACGAUGGGUCGAUGACUAUCCCACCUUGCUAUGAGACAGCCAGUUGGAUAAUAAUGAACAAGCCUGUCUAUAUUACCAGGAUGCAGAUGCAUUCCUUGCGCCUGCUCAGCCAGAAUCAGCCAUCUCAGAUCUUUCUGAGCAUGAGUGACAACUUCAGGCCUGUCCAACCACUCAACAACCGCUGCAUUCGCACCAACAUCAACUUCAGUUUACAGGGGAAGGACUGUCCAAACAACCGAGCCCAGAAGCUUCAGUAUAGAGUAAAUGAAUGGCUCCUCAAGUAAGGAACUAAGCCAAGAAGAAUCCCACCUCAGUGAAAUGCUACAACUGUGAAUUGACGUAACCUAGAAUGUCCCCCUUCUUCUCUUUCCUUCCCUCCCUCAAACCUCUCACUCUUUGGACUGGCCCUUUCUUCAUGAAAAGUCGACAAAACCAUGGCAGAGGAACACACCUCUUACAGACAGACACACAUGCGUGCAUGCGCACGCAAACACACACACACACACACACACACAAGCACUCAGACAUAUGUACACACAUGCAAACAUACCUUCAGAAAGACAAAUGCACACAGCCUCCAAGGGCAGUCAAGUUUCAGAAACAACAGGCUUAUUCCUCAGAGGUCUUAGAAGAAAAUAACCAGUUAACCUGAUUACAAUUUUGAUACCGUUUUCCUGAACUAAUUUAUUCAAUGAGACUUUUCAUCUUUGUACAUACAAAAUUCUUCCAAAUGAGAGAGGAGAAACCACUGAUACCCUGACAGCAUCAAGUGGACUUUGUUCUCUGUAUCAAGUAAUCUCAGAGAGGGUCUUCGGGUCCUUCCAGGGAGCUGGUGACUAGUGAACCAGGAUAAAGUUGACCAAGGAUGCUUAUUUCUAGAUUAUAAUUCUUCUGUUUACUCAACAAUUUAAAAAGAAGAAAAAAAAGGACAGACAUUGAAGAGAUACACAUUGUAUAUAUCUAUCACCGCAAACUAUCAAGAAAUGGAAUUAUUUCCCCUCUGUCUCAUAUCUGUAGUAGGAUUUGCCAAGAUCAGAAUUGAUCCAUUUGCUGUUUCUUGUUUUUUCAAAGGCCACUCAUUGUGUUUGGUUAUUGUUCACCACUCAAUAAAUGUGUUUAACGAGUUCAUUUCA